GAAGCGGAGCCGGGGCCUAGGGCGGCCCGGAAGCGGCCGGAGCCCGAGCGGGAGCCGGGUCAGGACCGAGGCCGGGAUCGGAUCGGGAACGGAGUCACGAUGAGCGAGCCCGAGCUGCUGCUGGAUUCCAACAUCCGUCUGUGGGUGGUGCUGCCCAUCGUCUUCAUCACCUUCUUCGUGGGCAUGAUCCGCCACUACGUCUCCAUCCUGCUGCAGAGCGACAAGCGCCUUACGCAGGAGCAGGUGUCGGACAGCCAAGUCCUGAUUCGCAGCAGGGUCCUGCGGGAGAAUGGAAAAUACAUCCCGAAGCAGUCUUUCCUGACCCGGAAAUACUAUUUUAAUAACCCAGAAGAUGGAUUUUUUAAGAAAACGAAAAGAAAGGUGGUGCCUCCUUCACCAAUGACAGAUCCUACCAUGUUGACAGACAUGAUGAAAGGGAAUGUAACCAACGUGCUGCCUAUGAUCCUCAUCGGCGGUUGGAUCAACAUGACGUUCUCAGGGUUUGUCACAACAAAGGUCCCAUUUCCUCUGACACUGCGUUUCAAACCAAUGUUGCAGCAGGGAAUUGAACUGCUCACUUUAGAUGCAUCCUGGGUGAGCUCUGCUUCCUGGUACUUCUUGAACGUGUUUGGACUCAGAAGCAUUUAUACUCUCAUUUUGGGUCAAGAUAAUGCUGCAGAUCAGUCCAGGGUGAUGCAAGAACAAAUGACAGGGGCAGCAAUGGCCAUGCCAGCAGAUACCAACAAAGCAUUUAAGACGGAAUGGGAAGCUUUAGAACUGACUGAUCAUCAGUGGGCUUUAGAGGAUGUAGAAGAAGAGCUUAUGGCAAAAGACCUCCAUUUUGAAGGCAUGUUUAAGGAAGAACUACAGACCUCCAUCUUCUGAAUUUGAAAAUGCUGUCUCUUCUUGUAAAAAAGAUUUGAAAAGAAAACAGUCUAAUGUAUUUAGCAAAGCUAAGAAUAAAAGAAACACAGCACAUUCA